UGCCGUCUUACCUUCUCGUCCCUGUUACGUCGUUCCUGUUCCACUCGACAGAAAAUUCCCGAUCGGGCAACCAGAUGGAAGCCGACGCCGCCUCCUCGCUCAACCCCCCGGCGCCAGAGGAAGCCUCACAAGAGGAUCCCUCGCCAGCGCGCUUCUCCUCCACCGGCGCGGCUGCCCCCGCGACCACGGUGACGUCUCCCGGGGCAAGGGAGGUGGCGGCGGCGAUGGAGGCAGUGGAGCGAGACGCCGCCGCCAUCGCCGAGAGCUACGCCUCCCUAUUCGCCUCCCUCCGCAUCACACUUUCCAACGUUACCUCGACGUCAGCCGAUAACAUGGAGUGCUUGGGCGAAGUUGUAGGCCGCCUCCAGGAGUCAGCACUUGAAGCGUCUUCCAGAGGCAAUAAGUACAUCCAUUCAUGCCUGAGGUUAAAUGAGGAAAUGCGAGGCUUGGAAAGCCUAAGUAUGCAGCUAAAGAUUAUGCGGAAGAUCGUUGAUUCACUAGAUUUGGCUGUUGAUCGGCUGCUCCACCUCCCGUAGUUCAUGCAUCUAUCAGUAGCUUCUACAAGGAACUUCUGAUGAAAUUUAUAUUCACCAAUUAGCUGUCACAUUUGAAGAGGCAACCAACUACUGUAAAUCUGAAGUGGCGUGUACAAGCAACGGAGAAGUUUUCCUCUUCCACGACAUGACAAAAUUCUCCCAACUCUUUGACUUUAUUGUUCUUCCUUAUGUGUAUUUGUAUUUGUUGAGAAAUAACUAUUUGCAACUCUUCCAUCCUUUAUCUGCUUGCAUAUCUGUGUCUCGGGUUGUGUUUGUAGAGUGGGUCAUUCAACCUAUGGACACAAAUGUUGUUUUUCUCUGUAAGAGGAAGAAAGAUCAAUAAAUAUACUUUAUUUUUAUAACA